CCUGUACUCAGCCAAUCACAAGAUAAUAAUCUAGAUCAACCCAACCCUGAUCUCACUCAGCCCCUCCCCCAACUGUAUGUCUGUGUCACCAUUCCUCUCUCUCCUCCUUUUUCCAUUCCUCCGCUGCUUGCUGGCUCGUUCAUGUCGUCCAAUCGUUGCCUAAUGCGGCUGGGCUAAAGGGAGAAAUAAAAAGACAGAGGGAUUAGAAAAAGAGCAGUGAGUUAUUUAAACUGAGAAUCCACAGAGGCGUGGGAUGGAAAAGCAUCCAGAUUUUUUGUGCAUAGAUAACCCACAUCAUCUGCAUAUUCGGAAGGCCCAAGAGUUAUACUAUCUAAGAAUGCUGAGGAGCAGAGAAAAGAUGGAGAGGAAAAAGAUGGAAGAGGAGAAUCAGUGCAUAAGGAAGUUGAGGGUUUGUGUGGCGACAUGCAACAGAGCGGACUAUUCCAAGCUGGCGCCCAUUAUGUCUGGGAUCAAAAUGCACCCUGAUGAGUUUGAACUGGAAGUUGUGGUGCUGGGCUCACAUCUCAUUGAUGACUAUGGGAACACUUUUCGUAUGAUCGAGCAGGAUGACUUUGACAUCGGCUCCAAGCUCCACACCAUUGUGAGAGGAGAAGAUGAGGCAGCCAUGGUGGAGAGCGUUGGGCUGGCACUUGUGAAACUCCCUGAUGUACUACAGAGGCUGUGUCCCGACAUCCUUGUCAUCCACGGUGACCGUUUUGACGCACUGGCCCUAGCAACGGCUGCAGCGCUGAUGAACAUUAGAAUACUUCACGUGGAGGGAGGAGAGGUUAGCGGUACAAUUGAUGACUCAAUCCGCCACGCCAUCAGUAAACUGGCCCAUUACCACGCGUGCUGCACGCGCGGAGCAGAGCAGCACCUCAUCGCCAUGUGUGAGGACCACUCUCGCAUCCUGCUGGCUGGCUGUCCUGUAUAUGAUAAGCUGCUGUCAAGUAAUCACAGAGACGACUACAUGGAUAUCGUUAAGAGCUGGCUGGGUGACAACUCGCAAGAGUGUGAAUACAUUGUGGCUUUGCAGCACCCUGUUACCACUGACAUCCAACAGUCCAUUAAGAUCUAUGGCCUAAUGUUGGAUGCCUUGCUGUCCUUCAACAAAAAGACCCUUAUCCUCUACCCGAACAUUGAUGCCGGAAGUAAGGAGAUGGUGCGUGUGAUGCGAAAGAAGGGCAUCGAGCAGCACCCGAAUUUCCGGGCAGUAAAGCACAUUCCCUUUGAGCAAUUCAUCCAGCUGGUGAAGCACGCCGGCUGCAUGAUCGGAAACAGCAGCUGUGGUGUACGAGAGGCAGGGGCCUUUGGCACGCCUGUCAUUAACCUGGGAACAAGGCAAACUGGCCGAGAAACAGGUGAAAAUGUUCUACAUGUCAGAGAUGCCGACACUCACAAUAAGAUCUACCACGCUCUGGAACUGCAGUUUGGGAAAAGAUACCCCUGCUCUAAGAUUUAUGGCGAUGGCAACGCAGUUCCUCGUAUUCUCAAGUUUUUACGGGCCAUUGACCUGAAUGAGCCCCUCCAGAAGACUUUCUGUUUUCCCCCGGUGAGAGACUGCAUCUCCCAGGACAUCGAUCACAUCCUGGAGACACAGAGCGCUCUGGCUGUUGACCUGGGAGGGACCAACCUCCGGGUGGCGAUCGUCAGCAUGAGGGGUAAGAUAGUACAGAAGUAUGCUCAGCCCAAUCCAAAGACCUUUGAAGCCAGGAUGCAGCUCAUGUUAAAGAUGUGUGCAGAUGCCAUGCAAGACGCUGUCCGCAACAACUGCAGAAUACUUGGUGUCGGAGUGUCCACUGGCGGCCGUGUAAAUCCCCAAGAAGGUGUGGUCCUGCACUCCACAAAGCUGAUCCAGGAUUGGUCUUCGGUGGACCUGAGAACACCCAUCUCCGACGCCCUGCACUUACCCGUCUGGAUCGACAAUGACGGCAACUGUGCUGCGCUGGCUGAACGGAAGUUUGGUCACGGCAAGGGGGUGGAGAACUUUGUCACUGUCAUCACAGGAACAGGUAUUGGAGGAGGGAUUAUCCAUCACAAUGAGCUGGUUCACGGCAGUACCUUCUGCGCUGCAGAGCUGGGCCACAUCAUGGUUUCAUUAGAAGGCCCAGAGUGUUCAUGUGGCAGCAGAGGAUGCAUCGAGGCCUACGCUUCCGGCUUUGCCCUGCAGAGAGAGGCCAAAAGGCUGCACGACGAGGACCUGCUGAAGGUGGAUGGGAUGGAUAUGAAGCUCACAGAGUCAAUCACUGCCACCCACCUCAUCAACGCAGCCAGACUGGGGAACUCGAAAGCUAAUGCUGUUCUGAACAAAGCCUCCACAGCGCUAGGUGUAGGCAUCAUUAACAUCCUCCACACGGUGAACCCCACGUUGGUGAUUCUGUCCGGACACUUGGCCUCUUACUACCAGGCCCCAGUGAAGCGCAUAAUCUCUGAGAGAGCUCUCGACUCUGCACAGAAAAUCGAGGUUGUCACAACAGACUUGGAGGAACCUGCUUUACUUGGAGCCGCCAGCAUGGUGUUGGACUAUGCAACCAGAAGGAUAUAUUGAAGGAUAUAGUCCUGACACUUCACACAGGACUGCUGCUUUUGGAGCAAUUACGCAUCAGCUUUUGCGCAAAUGGCAACACCAUCUUCCAGUCAAAACUAUCCUCACAGGGUAGGACUCACCCACUCUACUUGUAAUGUAAUGGAAUGGGUGGAUGGAAAGUCUCAUUAUUGAAAUCUUGUAUCAGAUGUGACCAAAUUAGUGCUGAAACAUUCUCCUGCAGCUUCCUCUCAAUUAUUGUUAAUUGCUUGCUAUCUCACUUUUUAAAUCUUGUAGGCAGUUUUUAUUUUCAAUUUUAUUCAUUUUCAAGUUAAGGGUACGGUUUCAAGUUAAGGGUACCGUUAGUUAUUUUUAUUACGUUCAUGUUUUGUUAUGAAGACAAAUUAGUUAAGGUGUGGGGGUGAGUCAAUCAGUCCAUCAGUUGAAAUGCCAUAAUGAAAUAUUAAUGUAGCAACUACUUUAGCCUAAUAGCUGCCACAGCAUGAGGAGGACUGGAGGAUGGUUCUUUUGCCUGAAUCAGGUGAAGUUUUUUUUACAAUUAAUUUAGACACACAUUAUGAAGAUUUGAACUGAUUUUGAAGUUUCCU